AUGGAUCUAAACCUCCACAAAAGUCUCUUGGUAAUUGCCUGCUUGUUUUGCUUCUUGUUCCUAAGCCCUCGUGCAUCCUGUCAACUAGAUUAUAAAUUCUAUGAUUUCACUUGUCCCAGCCUGACAAAUAUUGUUCGAGAUGGUGUUUUGUCAGCCAUUGCAAAUGAUACGAGGAUGGCAGCCUCUCUCCUGCGGCUUCACUUCCAUGAUUGUUUUGUAAAUGGAUGUGAUGGGUCAGUGUUACUUGAUGACACGGACACAUUGAAGGGGGAGAAAAAUGCAUUGCCAAAUCGAAAUUCAGUUAGAGGUUAUGAGGUGAUUGACAUGAUUAAGGCUAAUUUGGAGAAAGCUUGCCCAUCCACUGUUUCCUGUACUGAUAUACUAACUCUUGCAGCAAGAGAAGCUGUUUCUGUUCUGGCUGGUCGCCAAUAUCUUUGGGCUCUACCCCUGGGUCGCCGAGAUGGCACAACAGCAAGUGAGAAUGCAGCUAACGAGCAAUUGCCAAGUCCUGUUGAGACAGUGAAAGACAUCACUGCAAAAUUUACUUCAAAGGGGCUUGAUGUAAAGGAUGUAGUCGUGCUCUCAGGUGCGCACACUAUUGGGUUUGCUCGAUGCAUUACAUUCAAGCAAAGGCUCUUCAAGUAUGCUGAUGGUAAACCUGAUCCAACACUGGACGCGUCCCUCCUACAAAAGUUGCAGACCACAUGCCCAGACCAGGCUGAUUCAGACACCAAAUUGGCUCCCCUGGAUCCCCUCACUUCGGACAAAUUUGAUAACGUCUAUUUCAGAAACCUUGUCAACAAUUCUGGGGUACUUCGGUCGGACCAAGCUCUUAUGGGGGACAAUACAACUGCUCCAAUGGUCAUUGACUAUAGCAGGUCGCCUUUACUUUUCUCCAAGGAUUUUGGGGCAUCAAUGGUGAAGCUGGCCAACAUUGGUGUGCUUACAGGCAAAAGUGGAGAGAUUAGGAAGAACUGUAGGGUGGUGAACUAGCUCAAAAGUGUACGUGUGUGUAUGUGAAAUAGAUUAUCGCCUAAAAGUGUUAAUUAAUUAAAAGGCUGUGACCAGUAAGAAUAAAAUGCAGGUUUCUAAGCCAUCUUGAUUAGUAUUGAAAUUAAGAAAU